CGGCCACCAGGGAGCCAUGAAGACGCUUUUGCCUUCACUUUUGGAGAGCCGUCAUAUCGUCCACCUUUAAACACAGUCUAUGGAACAGGGUUCCAUCUUGUUUCUGAUACAGGUGUCUCCAGGUGGAGGAACCAAAAGCAGAUCUUCUGUAGCUGACAGAGUCCCCAAUAAGGGUGCGGUCCAGAGAUGAGUUCGGACGCUGACAUGAGUGUGUUUGGGGAGGCUGCCCCGUACCUGAGGAGACCGGAACGGGAGAGAAUCGAAGCCCAGAACAGGCCCUUCGAUGCCAAAACUGCAGUGUAUGUAAUGGAUCCAAAGGAGCUGUUUGCCAAAGGCAGUCUGCAAAUCAAGGAAGGUGGCAAAGCAACCGUUAAAACCGACACAGGAAAGGUUGUAACAGUGAGGGAUGACGAAGUCUUCCCCAUGAACCCGCCCAAGUUCGACAAGAUCGAGGACAUGGCCAUGAUGACCCACCUCAACGAGGCCGCUGUGCUGUUUAACCUCAAAGAGCGAUACGCAGCAUGGAUGAUCUAUACCUACUCAGGCCUCUUCUGUGUCACUGUGAACCCUUACAAGUGGCUCCCGGUGUACAACCAAGAAGUGGUGGUGGCCUACAGGGGCAAAAAGCGUCAGGAGGCUCCACCACACAUCUUCUCCAUCUCUGACAACGCCUACCAGUUCAUGCUCACUGACAGAGAAAACCAGUCCAUCCUCAUCACCGGAGAAUCUGGUGCAGGAAAGACUGUAAACACCAAACGUGUCAUCCAGUACUUUGCGACAAUCGCAGUGUCUGGGGACAGGAAAAAAGAUGUUAGUGUCUCUGGAAAAUUACAGGGCAAUCUGGAGGACCAGAUCAUCUCUGCUAACCCACUGCUAGAGGCCUUUGGAAAUGCCAAAACUGUCAGAAAUGACAACUCUUCACGUUUUGGCAAAUUCAUUAGAAUCCACUUUGGAACCACAGGAAAACUGGCUUCUGCAGACAUUGAAACUUAUUUGUUGGAAAAAUCCAGAGUAACGUUUCAGCUGGCUUCAGAGAGGAGUUACCAUAUUUUCUACCAGAUCAUGUCCAACAAAAAGCCUGAGCUCAUAGAGACUCUCCUCAUCACCACCAACCCCUACGACUUCCCGUUUGUCAGCCAGGGGGAGAUCAGCGUGGCCAGUAUUGAUGACAGUGAGGAACUAAUGGCCACUGAUAGCGCUAUUGAGACCCUCGGCUUCACUGGAGAGGAGAGGAUUGGAAUCUACAAGCUAACAGGUGCUGUGAUGCAUUAUGGGAAUAUGAAGUUCAAGCAGAAGCAGAGAGAAGAGCAGGCAGAGCCAGAUGGAACAGAGGGUAAUUGUUAUUCACAGAGCAGGGACUUCUGCCAUCAUCGUGUUGCAAUCUUACUGGAGCAUGUCAUUGUGCAGGUCUACAACUCCAUUGGUGCUUUGGCCAAAUCGGUCUAUGAGAAGAUGUUUCUGUGGAUGGUCUAUCGCAUUAAUCAGAUGCUAGACACCAAACAACCCAGACAGUUCUUUAUAGGAGUCCUGGACAUUGCUGGGUUUGAAAUCUUUGACUAUAACAGUCUGGAACAGCUGUGUAUCAAUUUCACCAACGAGAAACUGCAACAGUUUUUCAACCAUCACAUGUUCGUGCUGGAGCAAGAAGAAUAUAAGAAAGAAGGCAUCGAAUGGGAGUUCAUUGACUUUGGGAUGGACUUGGCUGCUUGUAUAGAGCUUAUUGAAAAGCCAAUGGGCAUCUUCUCCAUCCUCGAAGAGGAGUGUAUGUUUCCCAAGGCAUCAGACACCACCUUCAAAAACAAGCUGUAUGACCAACAUCUUGGAAAAUCAAGCAACUUCCAGAAGCCCAAGCCUGUCAAAGGCAAGGCUGAGGCUCACUUCUCCCUGGUGCACUAUGCUGGCACUGUGGACUACAGCAUCACGGGCUGGCUAGACAAGAACAAGGACCCACUGAAUGAGACUGUGGUCCAGCUGUACCAGAAAGCCGGCCUCAAACUAUUAGCGUUCCUCUAUUCUACCUACUCCUCAUCAGAUGAAAGCACUGGUGGAGGAAGUGGUGGAGUUGCUAAGAAAGCAGCAAAGAAGAAGGGCUCGUCCUUCCAGACUGUGUCAGCCCUCUUCAGGGAGAACCUGGGAAAGCUGAUGACUAAUCUCAGGAGCACCCAUCCUCACUUUGUCCGGUGUCUGAUUCCAAAUGAAACUAAAACUCCAGGUAUUAUGGAACACCAUCUGGUUAUCCAUCAACUGCGAUGUAAUGGAGUUCUGGAAGGAAUCAGAAUCUGCAGGAAGGGUUUCCCCAGUAGAAUUCUGUAUGGGGAUUUCAAGCAAAGGUACAAAGUGCUGAAUGCUAGUGUGAUUCCUGAGGGACAAUUCAUUGACAACAAGAAAGCUGCUGAAAAGCUCCUGGGGUCUAUUGAUGUGGAUCACACGCAGUAUAAGUUUGGGCAUACCAAGGUGUUCUUCAAAGCAGGACUCUUGGGCUUACUGGAAGAAAUGAGGGAUGAAAGACUGGCCUCCCUCAUCACCAUUACUCAAGCCUUGUGCCGUGGCUUUCUCAGAAGGAGGGAGUUUAAGAAAAUGAUGGAGAGAAGAGAAUCUAUCUACAUUAUCCAGUACAACAUUCGCUCUUUCAUGAAUGUAAAACACUGGCCAUGGAUGAAGCUCUACUUCAAGAUCAAACCACUCUUGAGGAGUGCUGAGACUGAAAAAGAGAUGGCCAUUAUGAAAGUGGAUUUUGCCAAGUGCAAGGAGGAUUUAGCCAAAGCUGAGGCCAAGAAGAAAGAGCUGGAAGCCAAAAUGGUUUCCCUGAUUCAGGAGAAGAAUGACUUAAGUCUGCAUAUUCAAUCUGAAAGUGAGAGCCUGGCAGAUGCAGAAGAAAGGUGUGAAGGACUGAUAAAGAACAAGAUCUUACUGGAGGCCAAAACCAAAGAACUCAGUGAGAGACUAGAGGACGAGGAGGAGGUGAAUGCUGAGCUGACUGCCAAGAGGAGGAAGCUGGAGGAUGAGUGCUCUGAGCUGAAGAAAGACAUUGAUGACUUGGAACUCACCUUGGCUAAAGUAGAGAAGGAAAAACAUGCUACUGAAAACAAGGUGAAGAAUCUGACUGAGGAAAUGUCCUCUCUUGAUGACACAAUCGUCAAAUUAUCCAAAGAGAAGUUGGCACUUCAGGAAGCUCAUCAGCAGACACUGGAUGACCUGCAAGCAGAGGAAGACAAAGUCAACUGUCUGACUAAAGCUAAGAUCAAGCUGGAGCAACAAGUUGAUGAUCUUGAGGGCUCUCUGGAACAAGAGAAGAAGGUCCGGAUGGAUGUCGAGAGGGGUAAAAGGAAGCUUGAAGGAGAUCUUAAACUUACCCAGGAAUCCAUAAUGGAUCUGGAAAAUGACAAACAACAGCUGGAGGAACACCUCAAAAAGAAAGACUUUGAGUUCAGCCAACUUGUUGCCAAAAUUGAGGAUGAGCAGAGUGUGACUGUACAAUCUCAGAAGAGGAUCAAGGAACUUCAGGCUCGUAUUGAAGAGCUGGAAGAGGAGAUUGAAGUGGAACGUGCAGCCAGAGUUAAAGUAGAAAAGCAAAGGUGUGAUUUUUCCAGGGAGCUGGAGGAGAUCAGUGAGCGGCUGGAGGAGGCCGGAGGAGCCACCGCUGCUCAGAUAGAGAUGAACAAGAAGCGAGAGACUGAGUUUCAGAAACUGAGACGGGACCUUGAAGAGUCAACACUCCACCAUGAGGCCACUGCUGCAGCUUUGAGGAAGAAACAUGCUGACAGUGUGGCUGAGCUGGGAGAGCAAAUCGACGCUCUGCAGAGAGUCAAGCAGAAGCUGGAUAAGGAGAAGAGUGAGUACAAGAUGGAGAUUGACGACCUGUCCAGCAACAUAGAGGUCAUGGUCAAGGCAAAGACUAAUUAUGAGAAGCUGUGCCACUCUUUGGAAGACCAACUGAGCGAAUACAGGACAAAACAUGAUGAGAACACUCGUCUGAUCACUGAAAUAAAUACUCAAAUGGCAAGACUUCAGAAUGAAAAUGGGGAGUUCUCUCAUCUCCUUGAGGAGAAAGAGGUGAUACUCUCUCAGAUGUCCAGGACUAAGCUCGCCUUCACUCAGCAAAUUGAGGAACUGAAGAGGCAGGUUGAAGAAGAAUCAAAGGCUAAAAAUGCCUUUGCCCAUGCCCUGCAAUCUGCUCGUCACGACUGUGAUCUGCUCAGAGAGCAGUUCGAGGAGGAGCAGGAGGCCAAGGCUGAGCUGCAGAGAGCAAUGUCCAAGGCCAACAGUGAGAUCGCACAAUGGAGAACCAAAUAUGAGACUGAUGCCAUCCAGCGUAAUGAUGAGCUGGAAGAAGCCAAGAAAAAGCUUGCUCAACGUCUGCAGGAGGCUGAGGAGGCCAUCGAGGCUGUGAAUGCAAAGUGCUCGUCUUUGGAGAAGACGAAGCAGAGGCUGCAGGGAGAGGUGGAGGACCUGAUGAUCGAUGUGGAAAGGGCAAAUGCUCAAGCAGCUGUCUUGGAUAAAAAGCAGAGAAGUUUUGAUAAGAUUCUGUCUGAGUGGAAGCAGAAGUAUGAGGAGUGUCAGACGGAGCUGGAUGGAUCACAGAAGGAGUCUCGCUCCCUCAGCACGGAGCUCUUCAAGAUUAAGCACUCUUACGAGGAAGCUUUGGAGCACCUUGAGGUUCUCAAACGAGAGAAUAAAAACCUGCAACAGGAAAUCUUCGAUCUGACUGAACAACUUGGAGAAAAUGGCAAAGCCAUCCAUGAGCUGGAGAAGACUAAAAAACAAACAGAAACUGAGAAGACGGAGAUCCAGAAUGCUCUGGAAGAGGCUGAAGCCUCUCUGGAGCAUGAGGAAUCUAAAAUCCUCCGCAUCCAGCUGGAGCUCACUCAAGUCAAGGGAGAGGUCGAUCGCAGGCUGGCAGAGAAGGAUGAGGAGCUGGAGCAGAUGAAACGCAACCACCAGCGCAUUGUGGAAACCAUGCAGUCAGCUUUGGAUGCUGAGACACGCAGCAAGAAUGAUGCCAUGAGAGUCCGGAAGAAGAUGGAGACUGAUCUCAAUGAGAUGGAGAUCCAGCUGAGCCACUCCAAUCGGCAGGCUGCUGAAGCCCAGAAGCAGCUGAGGAAUAUGCAAGCCCACCUUAAAGAGCAAACCCUUCACCUUGAUGAUGCCCUGCGCAGCCAGGAGGACCUGAAGGAGCAGGUAUCCAUGGUGGAGCGCAGGAGCAGCCUUUUGCAGGCAGAGGUGGAGGAGCUCAGGGCUGCGCUGGAACAGUCGGAAAGAGGCCGCAAAUUAGCUGAACAGGAACUCACUGAUGCCUCUGAGAGAGUCGGGCUGCUUCACUCUCAGAACACCAGUCUUCUGAACUCCAAGAGAAAGCUGGAUGCUGAUGUGAGCCAGCUGCAGGGUGAGGUGGAGGAUGCAAUUCAAGAGGCCCGCAAUGCAGAGGAAAAAGCUAAGAAAGCCAUCACUGAUGCGGCCAUGAUGGCAGAGGAGCUGAAGAAAGAGCAAGACACAAGCAGCCACCUGGAGAGGAUGAGGAAGAACCUGGAGGUUUCUGUGAAGGAUCUGCAGCACCGUCUGGACGAGGCUGAGAACAUGGCUUUGAAGGGGGGCAAGAAGCAGCUCCAGAAACUGGAAACUCGGGUGCGUGAACUGGAGGGUGAAGUGGAGAACGAGCAGAAAAGAGCCUCGGAAGCCAUCAAGGGAAUCCGUAAAUAUGAGAGGAGAGUUAAGGAGCUCACUUACCAGACUGAAGAGGACAAGAAGACCGUUCUGAGACUUCAGGACCUGGUGGACAAGCUGCAACUCAAAGUCAAGGCAUACAAGAGGCACAAUGAGGAAGCUGAGGAGCAGGCCAACAUUCACCUUGCUAAACUAAGGAAGGUGCAGCAUGAGCUGGAGGAGGCAGAGGAGCGAGCAGACAUCGCUGAGUCCCAGGUCAACAAGAUGAGAACCAAGAGCCGAGACUUUGCAAAGGCUGCUGAAUCUGAGUAGACCUGGCAGUGAUGCCACAUCCUCAAGUUGCAAGUGCUUAGUACGAGUAGAGGCUCGGUAAAGUGAACAAGCCUCAUUGUUUUGCAGUGAAACUGUAGCAGAAUAAAGUUGUGUGAAGCAG